UAAAGUCACUGACCUUAAGAUAGCUUUCUCAACUUCAUCCUUUGAAUACAUCAUGAAUAAAAAUUUCCAUCGAGUCAUCGCCCUCUUGGUCGCCUUUUCCAGCUUGAGUGCAGCCCUCCCUGUCAGUACCGUUGACAAACAUCUUCAGCUUUUAGCCAGAGAUGACGCAUCAGGAGAAGGUAUUCAGCUACCACAGGGUGCGAACUUGAAAUUCUCACUGUUUGCCGAAGGAACUCAGAAUUAUACUUGUGAUAGUACAACGCAUAUGUGGACCAAUGUUGGCGCCUUAGCUCAUUUAUCAAACUCAACCCUCGAAUACGAUCCAAGCAAACUUGUUGGCUUCCAUUAUUUCACUGAGCAAGAUGGAGUACUUUCUCCAGAGUGGGAUUUAUCCAUAUCGGAACCGUACGAUGAGAAUGGUAAUCACGUUAUUGCAAAGAAGAUCAGUCAAUAUGCUAGCCCUGACGGACCAGAAAAUGUACCUUGGCUUUUGGUACAAGGCAUUGAAGGCGACCUUGCAAAAUUCGUCACCAGAAUUAUUACCAAAGGAGGUGUACCACGACAGCCAAACUGUGAUCCAUCAUAUAAUAACUACCUUACAGUGCCUUAUACCUCUCUUUACAUGUUCUUUGAUUAGUCCUGUUAAAAGAAGAUAUUUAAUGAUCCACUUUUGAAUGCAGCUGUUUGUAAUUCUUGCGCGUUCCCAUGCAUGAAACCUUAUAAAAUUUAAUUGCGCUAAUCCAUGAUGAGAUCGGAUGGUUUUAAAGGUGAAAAUCAUACUUGAAUAAAUAUGAG